CUCCGGAGAUCUUGGAAAGACGCACACGCAAGACGACGAUGGGCGAUCCCUCAGCGGCUUCCUCCUCCUCGUCGCACGAGAAGGAGUCGCUUACUGCGCUACAGCUGAGAGUGUCACAGCUCAAGGCCAGGCGAGAGUCACUCAAGGCUCAGCUAGAGGACAAGAGACAAAGGGCCGACGCAAAGAAGGCAGCAGACGAUGCAGCCCACGAUGCAUUGACGGGACCUGUCGAGCUCACAGACUCGAUCAGGGAGCUGUCAAAGGAGCUCUCUGAUAUGGAAGAAAAAGCCAUUCUCUAUCGGACGACGGGUUGGACCUGCUUUGAGAUGGACCUGGACGUGGGGCGGCGAGAACGUGCGGCGCGCAAGGGCCAGGCUGAGGGGGAUCCGCACAUGGGGGAAAAGUCUGGCCUUGGACUGGGAGUAAGGCUCGAAACAUUCUGGCGAGGCCGCUUCUACGAGCCUUUUUAUCUCGUCUUUGCGCAGGAGUCGCAGCUGCUGCGUGACACAGCACGGACAGUGUCAGAGUUCGACAGGAAUGCGGUUGAACGGCUCGACGAGGGCCAGCGGCAAGAGUCCAGCAAACUGAACCCGGGUGUGAGGCUGCGCAGCCACACGAUUCCCCAGUUUGUCCCCCUGCAGGACCUCCUCAAGCGCUACCUCAAGCCUGAAUCGCCGAGAGACAUUGACGACGAAGACGAGACGCACAUCAGAGGCGGCUUUGAGCUCUUAAAUGUGCUAAUGCACAGAGAAAGUCUCGAGCUAUUCUUGAGCCACCUUCACUGCUAUCUACAGGCGUUUGUCUCGCGCAGGCAGCAGGCCCUGCUUCUUCGAGAUCUUGCAAUCCCAGGCCUACCGCCGUCCGAUGCGGGCGGAUCUCUCGAGGCCUUCUUCACGGCUUCUCUCUCCCAGAUCUCAAUUCGAUGGCUGAUGCCCGUACCUACGCUCGAAGAUCUACACCGACUGCAAGGCGAACACGUCGACAGCGACGCGAGUCGAAAGCGCAAGCGAAAAGAAGGCCAGAUGAAUGUGGUUGUCGAAAUCUUCUUACUGUACGAAGAUCUGCAGCACGAUCGUCUGGGCCCGCUGGCAAAGGAACCUUCGCAGUGGAUCAGCAGCAUCAGGGCUCUCAACCGAAAUCAGCAAACGGGAACAAAGGGCACCGCCGGCGUUGUUCUCGUUGAGGUGCUUCGAUCAAGAGUACCGAGCAGCAAGCGCGGAAGCACAGCGGUUUUGAACAACGCCAUUAGCAAAGAGCCGAGGAGAUUCCGUCGCGAAGAUCUGGAGGCUCGCUUCCUCUCUCCCGCGGCAGAGUCCACAUCCACCGAACCUGACGACGAUGAGGACCAGUCGCCAGAGCUCGAUGAAGCUCUCAAAGACGUACUUGGGACAGUCUGGCGCGAGGAAGUGCUCAGACAGCUCACGUGAUACGAACUCCCUCUUCGCUUCCUCUUCCUCUUCAUCCUGUAAUUGUACAAGCUUCGUCAUUGUUGUACUGCCACCACACCGUCUACAUUGUACAUAAUUAUUGAAACAGGUCCGAAGCUCGUGGUCUCUGUUUCUUCUCGGUGCCAUUGUUUCCCUUGGUCUGUGGAGCCUUCACAACGGCCUCUUCGUCCUCGUCGCCAUCCAUGCUGAACGUCAAGAGACCCUUUUGCUUCGGCUUCUUGU